CAAAUUAUACUCCCUCUGUUUUUCUUUAGAUGACGUUUUAGAAUUUUUUCUUUUACCUAAAUAAAUGACGUUUGUAGUUAUCUAGGUAGCUUUUAGUUUAAAAUGACUUAUAUUGUCCUUUCAUUAAAUAAUGAUCAACAACAACACUUGACUAACAACAAUCAUACGUAUCAUUAAAUAAAGGUUAUAAAAGGUAUUAUGCAGAGCUUCUUAAACUGUGUGAAAAUUGAAAAACGUCAAGUAUAAUCGAACGGAGGGAGUAUUUAAUUUCAGUUGAAAAUUAAUUGCAAACUGCAUUGUUUUUAUAAAUAAUUUUAUUUAUCUCAAAUAAUGUUGGUUAAAGAGUGUAAUUAAUAAUAAUUUACAUAUAUUUCAGCAACUUUUUUAAUAUGUGUGAAAAAUGUCAUUGUGAUACUUAUUCAAAAACUGAGAUAGUAUUUCACAAUGAAUCAUUAAUAAACAAAUGGAAAGUGAAACCAAAUGGGAAGAGAACAAUUUUAAUAUAAAUAUGUCCUAAUUUCUUACUUUUUAUGAAUUAAACUCCUGAAGGCUCGCUUUCAGUCUUGAUUUCUGUCGAAAUUUGAAUCUGCCAGCUAAUCAUCUAUAUAAACAGCAAAGAGUGCAAAUAUUGUACCAUAUUCAGUUAUUCUUAGAAACCAAGUUAGUAGUAUCAGUAUGUAUGGCUCACAAGACUCUUUCAAACUCCCUUUUCAACACUACUAAUUCGAAAAAUAUUCCAAUCAGAAAUCCAAAAGUGUUGUAGUUUCAACUUUUUUUUUUUGGAAUUUAAAGACAAGAUUAGACUAAAUUUAGGGUUCUUAUUUUGAUGAUAUCUCUUUCUAUCAUGUUCCUCGCUUAAGUAAUCAGGAGGCUGACUCUCUAGCAAAGUCAGCUCUCUCUUCGAUGAUUGUAACCUCCGUUGGUGGAGGAUGAAACCUUUUCGUAUGAAUGAAAAUUUAUGUUUGAUCAAAAAAAAAAAAAGAGACUAAAUUUAGGGUUUCAUUACAAGACAACAAAAUUAAAUUAAAACAUCCCAUAAAAAUCUCAUCCAUAUAUUUUCUUCUACGCCGUGGACCUGGACCCGACAUCUCUCCCAUCGCCAUUGUCGGUCCCUAGCCUCUUAUCUUCAUUCUCUCGGUCUACUUCUUCAAUAAUCUCAUAAUAGUUCUUUCUCCAUAUAUCAUGGCUUCCUUCCACAUCCCACCUAACCUUGUAGGCAUCGGUCUUAAAUUCGAUUAUAAAAGCCCUUCCACUUGCAACUAUACCUCUGAAAACUCAUUUCUCAUACUCUAGUUUCUUCUGGCUUACCUGUUAUAAACAAUAUUUUUGUUAUAGGUUUCGAUGUGUGUAAAUAGGAGAGACGAGAGUUUGAGGGGAUGACUUGAAGUUCGUAGUUUUACCAUCAUUACAUAGACUGAGAGCCAUUCCUUGUUGUUAGCAAAGAGGCAUUGGCCACAUGCCACACACAUUGAUAUUAGUGAGUGUUUAUGUAAUGUUAAUUAAGGUUAUAUUUGUUUUUGGCUUUUGACUAAAUAUGUGAAAAUCUAAAAUUUUAAACUUAAAAAAAGUCUGGAAUCUCAACUAAAACAAAAAAUCAGUUUUGUGGAUGUAUCUGCAUACAUUACAAAAAAUAAAAAAUUUCAUCCAAAUAAACUUUUUCCAAAAUAAUUUUAGAUAGUUUUCUUUGUGCUUCUCAUCUUUUCCCGGUUUGUAGUCUUCCAUUUAUUUUUUUUUCUGUUUACAAAGAAACAAGAUACUGUGGAUAUGGAGAUCAUUGCAAGUUCUUGCAUGACCGUGGAGAUUACAAACCGGGAUGGCAGAUAGAGAAAGAGUGGGAAGAAGCUGAGAAAGUUAGGAAGAGAAAUAAAGCUAUGGGAGUUGAAGAUGAUGAUGAUGCUAAAAGUGAGGAAGACGAAGAUGCAUUGCUAUUUGCUUGUUUCAUAUUCAGAGAGCCUUUUGUUGAUCCAGUUGUCACCAAAUUGCAAGCAUUACUUCUGUGAGCAUUGUGCUUUAAAGCAUCACAUGAAGAACAAGAAGUGCUUUGUGUGUAACCAACCAACUAUGGGGAUUUUCAAUGCAGCACAUGAGAUCAAUAAGAGAAUGGCUGAAGAACGGAGUAAAGAUCAACGAUUGUAAAAGCUAUGUAUUCUCUUGCUUUGAGGGAAGUUUUUUGUUUGUACUCGUAGGCCUAAAUAUGUUGUGAUGGCUUAUCACAUUUUAAAAAAAAAAAAUUGAAAACCAUAUAUCUAAAAUCCCAAUAUAUUAUUUAUUGAUAGAUGAAAAGAAAAAUAGUUUAUAAAAUAAAAUUAAUUGUUAAAUGAAACUCAAAAUUUUACAUUUAAUAACUGAACCCGGUUUGAAACUGGUUUAGAGGUUUGCCCAUUUCUGGUUUUUUUUUGCGGUUUUAGAUAGUUUAAUUUCCCUUAGACAAACAACUCAAAUAUCUGGACAGCAAACCCUCUGAGUGAGAGGGCGUGUUAAAAAGUAGGAGGACCGGACCAUUCAUGCCUCGUUUGUGUGUGUGUGCACGAAAAGAAGCGUUGGUGUGAAAGAAAGCAAAAGGAUUUGAAAAUAAAAAAAUUGAAGGGAUUUAUCUAUCUUUUACGGUGCGAUUCCUCCGGCGGCAGUAAGUGAAAUCAAAUCAAUGGCGAGAACGAAACAUUUCGCUUCCAGGGCCCGAGAUCGCAAUCCAACUAAUGCGACUGCUUCAUCUUCGGCGGCGGCGGCGGCAGGUCCGAGUGCGACCCCGACGAGAAGAGGAGGCAGCCAAGGUGGUGAAGCUCAACAGAGUGAGUCUUUCUAACACGUUUUUGUUGAUAUCCAUUGAAUCCUCCUUUUUUUCAUCUCUAUCUUCCUUUUCGUUGCGACGUGACUCAAUUGCAGCAGCAACUCCACCAGCAACCACCACCGCCGGUAGAAAAAAAGGAGGGACUAAGCGAACUAAACAAGCUAUGCCUAAAAGUUCCAACAAGAAGAAGACAUUCCGUUACAAGCCUGGAACCGUUGCCCUCAGAGAGAUUCGCCAUUUCCAGAAGACCACCAAACUUCUUAUCCCUGCCGCUAGUUUCAUCCGAGAAGUGAGAAGUGUCACCCAGAUCUUUGCCCCUCCCGAUGUUACCCGUUGGACUGCUGAAGCUCUUAUGGCUAUUCAAGAGGCGGCUGAAGAUUUCCUAGUUGGCCUCUUCUCUGAUGCGAUGCUCUGCGCUAUCCACGCAAGACGUGUUACUCUAAUGAGAAAAGAUUUUGAGCUUGCACGCCGUCUUGGAGGAAAAGGCAGGCCAUUGUGAUUGACUACUACUACAUUAUUUCGCAGGUUGUAUAACUUUGUUCACUCCUUAUGUCUUGUGAUUUGUGAUCUGACUGACACUUUCUUUUGAAACAUAACUGCUUGAUUCAAUAUCUUAGGCUGUAAAACUUAUCCCUCCUUGUUUACUAUCUUAUAUGCUUUUCCUUGGAAUUGAUAGUUUCCAUUGAGAUUGAAACAUAUCUGCUUUCUCAA